GGCUGGGCUUGAAAAGGCCUGCGUACCCAUAACUUUUCUAGUAUGAUACACAUUUUUGAUCACACUCUCUUAGAUAAACCGAUUUGUAAAGUUAACUACAAAGCUAAGCCGACAAUCCCAUCAGAAAAUAAGCCGACAGUGAUUUUCUUUGUGCGGUUGCUGAACACCAUUAUGUACACUGGUGCGGUAUAGUGUUUGUGUACGAAGGACUGUACAGAUUUAUUUAUUUAAUUUGUCAUGUGGCACAAAUGGAUAAAGGGGACAACUUAAAAGUCGUCAGCAGAAAUGCCAAGGCCACCUCGUGAAACAUACGGGGACCAGAAACCACCAUACUCGUACAUAUCUCUCACAGCGAUGGCCAUCUGGAGCUCCCCGGAGAAAAUGCUACCCCUUUCGGAGAUCUACCGAUUCAUCACCGACCGCUUCCCCUACUACCGGCGGAACACCCAGAGGUGGCAAAACUCCCUGCGACACAACCUCUCCUUCAACGACUGCUUCAUCAAGAUCCCGCGGCGGCCCGACAGGCCCGGCAAGGGCGCCUUCUGGGCCCUGCACCCCUCGGCCCUGGACAUGUUCGAGAACGGGAGCUUCCUCAGACGGCGGAAGCGCUUCAAGCUGCCCAAGCACGUCCACGAGGAGCUCGACAGCCUCUCGAAACUGAACAGUUCCUUCAUGGGGGGGCAGACCAUCAGCCCGACCCCGUCCGCCUGCCCCCCGAUCGUGUGCCCCCCCGAGCUGCCGCUCCCGCCCAUCACCCCCGUGGCCACCACCGCCCCCAAGUCCUUCAGCAUCGACAGCAUCAUCCAAAGCGAGCCGAAGUCGCCGCAGUUCCCCACGAACGUGCCCCCGAUCCAGGCCCUCCCUAGCCUGUCCUGGGUCAACAUGAUGACCCCCUCCACCUCCCAGAGCGAGCUCCAGAGCCGAGACGACUUGAUCAUGGCCCAGAAAGCGGCGUUUUUCGAAUACGCCGCCGCCAUUUUUUCGAUAAAUGCCUCGACGAGCGCGAAGACGGGCACUGGGGUCAUACGACCCCUGCCCAUCAUGCCCAACGCUCUCUACCCGGCGACCUGCCAUACGGUACCGGUACCAGUGCAAUACUCCUUCUGCAUGCCCAAUAUGCGCAACUUGGAAUUUGAGACUGAGCACGAAUGUGAUAGAACCAUCAUGGACAAAAAUAUCUCACUCAACUAUUUAAUCGCCCAGAAUGGCCAAGAGGACAACAUCGAAAUCUCCUCCUCGUCCUCGGAGGAGGCCACCAACGUGUAAAUACUCCGUGUGCAAACUGUGUUAAUGUAUUUUAGUUCUUAUAGUUAUAUUUAAAUAAAAGUUG